AUGUCGAUUAGUUGGGGAACACAGUAUUCAAAACUAAAAACAAAUCUUCGUUUGGCAAUCAAUCGUUUGAAAUUAUUGGAGAAGAAAAAAACUGAGAUGGCACUGAAAUCACGUACCGAAAUUGCUGAUUUCAUUGCAAAUCACAAGGAAGACCGUGCUCGUAUCAGAGUAGAGCAUAUCAUAAGAGAAGAUUUUCUUGUUGAAGCAUACGAAUUGUUGGAAAUGUAUUGCGAUCUUAUUCUGGCACGAUUUGGUCUCAUACAGCAAAUCAAGCAACUUGAUGAUGGAAUUGCUGAAGCAGUAAUUAAUAUUAUAUGGGCUGCUCCUCGUGUGGCAACAGAUGUGAGUGAAUUCAAGGUGAUUAAUGACCAGCUGACUAUGAAAUAUGGCAAAACUUUUGCUGAAGCAGCGCGUAAUAAUCAGUUAGAAUAUCCUGCUAAAGUAUCGCCAAAACUGAUAGCCAAGCUAAGUGUGCAAGCGCCUCCGAAACUUUUGGUGGAACGAUAUAUGAUUGAAAUUGCAAAGUGUGCAGGAAUACCAUUCACUCCUGACCCAAAUAUUAUGCGUGAAGAUGAAGUUGCUGCUGCUGAACAAAUGUUGAUCGAUUUUAGAAAUCAAGGCGGACAAGGUUAUGGUUGGAUGUAUUCUGAUGGCAGCGGUUCAGAUAAUAAAAAGCCACCUCCUCCACCGAAUGAUGGAUCUGCGUAUUAUCCAGGACCACCACCACCUCCUCCUGCUGGAUUUAAAGGUGCUUUUGAAGGGAAUUCUACGCCAACAUCAGAUCUAACUAACUAUGGUGCUUGCAAUUAUCCAUGUCUGAACCAGGUCGGUGAUUCAUCGGGAAGCAUCAAAAUCAAGCCGAAUACAUCACCAGGGGUUCCAUCGGCGCCCCCCACAGAUGUUAAUUCAGUCCCAUCAAAAAUGAAUCUUGGUACAACCCCAGAAUUCCCUGAACCACCGACUGAUUUUCCGGAAAUGUUCGAUCCAGCAAAAAAUAAUGACGAACAGCAACCAGGUAGUGCUGGUGCAAAUAAUGAACUUGAUUUUGAUGAUUUGGCGAAACGGUUUGAUAUGUUAAAGAAGAAAAAUGUCAAAUAA